AUGGUCACGGCAAGAAAGUUGAGGCCCUAUUUCUUGUCGCAUCAGGUAGUGGUGCGAACUGCUUUACCCUUCAGGCAGGUAUUGGGGCGACCGGAUUUGUCGGGGAGAAUGGUCAAGUGGGCCGUGGAGCUGGGGGAGUACGACGUGGAGUAUGAGCCGAGAACGGCAAUCAAAGCACAAGCUCUUGCGGAUUUCAUCCAAGAAACCACUCGCCGACCUAUUCAAGAAUUUUGGAUUGCUUUUGUGGAUGGGUCAGUAACAAAUGAAGGGUGUGGAAUUGGGGUGUACAUCAUUUCACCAAGCUAUGGGAUAUAUCAAUUUGCUAUCAAAUUCACCUGUCGGAUGUCUAACAACGAGGCUGAGUACGAGGCCGUGGUCAGAGGGGCGCACAUCUUGUCAGAAUUGCGGGCUGAAUGUGUCAUCAUUAGGACCGAUUCCCAACUAGUGGCUCAACAACUGUCGGGAGCUUAUCAUGUCAAGGACCAGUGGAUGAAAACGUAUCAUUGCAAAAUUAAUGAAAUGAAGCAGAAAUUCAUGGAAUUCAAAAUCGAACAGAUUUUCCAGGAAGAAAACACCAAGGCAGACUUACUGGAACGCAUGGCCAGCGCAGUGGAGCAAACGUGGAAUGAUGAGAUCAUAUUACUCUGUGAUACCAGAGAAAUGGGGAAUUCACAGGUUUUUUCAGUGGAAAUCAGGGAUGACUGGAGGGCCCCAAUUAUACAUUUUCUCAAGACAGGGGAACGGUUGAGCAAGGAAUCUAACCAGAGGGCUCGAUACGAGAAUUAUUGUUGCUAUGGUGGUCACACGGGAUUUCGUGAUCUUGUACGAAAAAUCAUUCGGGCAGGGUUCUAUUGGCCUAACAUCAACAAGGAUGCCAGGGAGUUCGUCCGUAAAUGCGAGGCUUGCCAGAGACAUGCUGGGAGAAUCAACGUCCCGGGGGAAACCAUGGUAGUCAUGUAUGCUGCAUGCCCAUUUGACAAGUGGGGCAUAGAUAUCGUUGGGAAGUUGCCCACGGCACCAGGGGGCAAGUGUUUUCUCAUAGUGGUAGUGGAUUAUUUCUCCAAAUGGGUUGAGGCCGAGGCCGUGGGAAAGAUCGACGAGGUGACAGUGGAACGAUUCAUUUGGCGGAACAUAUGUUGCAGAUUUGGCGUCCCAAGGAUCAUUGUGUUAGAUAAUGGAACCCAAUUUAUAGGGCAGAGAAUCGCUGACUUCUGUGACCGAAUGGACAUCACUCAGCGGUUCGUAUCUGUGGCUCAUCCCCAAGCAAAUGGGCAAGGGGAGCUGGCAAAUAGAUCAAUCUACGAUGGAAUCAAAAAGCGGUUGAAUCAGAGCAGAGGGAAAUGGGUCGAAGUGAUACCAGCGGAGGCCAGAUUGGAGUCAUAUCGCAUAACUACCUACGACACAGAGCACAACUCCGAACUUCGAAGAACAGAGCUCGAUCUUGUUGAGGCACAAAGGGAAGAAGCUCAAGUCAGAGCAGCGAAAUACAAAAGCAUCAUCACGGUGGGAUACGACAAGAGGGUCAGAGCAAGGAAGCUAGCCAAGGGCGACCUAGUCCUCAAAAGAGCCGACGCACUGAAGCUAGUGGACAAAUUUGAACCCAAUUGGGAGGGCCCCUACAUCAUCACCGAGGUCCUGGGUGGCGGAGCGUACACUCUGUCGGAUCCAGACGACAGAGCUCUCCCCAGACCGUGGAACAUCAAUACUUUGAAAAAGUUCUAUGGCUAA